AUAGCUCUUUCUUUCUCUCCUCAAGACUCAAAGUCCAGUCCAACCCUGAACAGAGACAAAAACCAUGGGUAUGGGCGGGACGACCUUACAGACCCUGAAGCUCGCUUCAAUCCCUUCGUUCUCUUCUUCGCGCUUCGUUUUCAAACCACUUCCCAAAACCCUAACCUUCUUAGCUCCUUCCCGCCAUGGCCGUACACAGAGACCUCCAUUUCCACUCCUCGCCAGAGCUCUCUCAGCCGCACCGGCAGUCCAAACCGCUCCAGAUGAAACCGCUGUGAAGCCUCAGUGGAAAGCAGCAAUAGACUUCAAGUGGAUAAGGGAGAACAAAGAAGCAGUAGCUUUAAACAUAGAGAAGAGGAACUCCAAUGCUAAUUUGGAAACUGUGCUUCAACUGUAUGACAAAAUGACCCAUCUUCAAAAGGAAGUUGAGCGGCUUCGUGGGGAAAGGAAUGUGGUGGCAAACAAGAUGAAAGGAAAAUUGGAACCAGCUGAGCGUCAAAGACUCAUAGAAGAAGGAAAGAAUCUGAAGGAAGGGCUUGUCACCUUGGAAGAAGACCUUCUUAAACUUACUGAUGAGCUUCAGCAGGAAGCUCAGUGUAUACCGAAUAUGACUCAUCCGGAUGUUCCGAUUGGCGGGGAGGAGUCUUCGGUGAUAAGAAAGAUGAUAGGUAGCCCGUGCAAAUUCAGCUUCCCUGUCAAGGAUCACCUUCAACUUGGAAAAGAACUUGAUCUUUUAGAUUUCGAUGCUGCUGCAGAGGUCAGCGGAUCAAAAUUCUACUACCUGAAGAAUGAAGCAGUUAUGUUAGAGAUGGGCCUCAUUAACUGGACACUCUCGGAAGUCAUGAAGAAAGGCUUCACACCUUUGACAACUCCAGAGAUUGUAAGGUCAUCUGUUGUUGAAAAAUGCGGUUUUCAGCCUCGUGGAGCAAAUACCCAGGUUUAUUCUAUUGAGGGUAGUGACCAGUGCCUCAUCGGCACUGCAGAGAUUCCAGUGGGGGGAAUUCAUAUGGAUUCUAUUGUUGCUGAGUCAUUGUUACCAUUGAAGUAUGUGGCAUUUUCCCAUUGCUUCCGAACCGAAGCAGGUGCUGCAGGCACAGCAACAAGGGGUCUUUAUCGAGUCCACCAAUUCAGCAAGGUGGAGAUGUUUGUCUUAUGCCAACCAGAACAAAGCGAAUUCUACCAUGAGGAGCUCAUUAAAAUUGAAGAAGACCUCUUCUCAUCACUUGGAUUGCAUUAUAAAACCUUGGAUAUGGCUUCAGGGGAUUUAGGUGCACCAGCGUAUCGUAAAUAUGAUGUGGAGGCGUGGAUGCCUGGUUUAGAACGAUUUGGCGAGAUAUCAAGUGCAUCAAAUUGUACAGACUAUCAAAGUCGUCGACUGGGGAUCCGAUAUCGUCCAUCAGAACCAUCAUCAACUAAUUCUAAAAAGGGUAAAGGAAGCCUUCCUCCACCAAAGUUUGUUCACACACUAAAUGCGACUGCCUGUGCAAUACCACGGAUGAUUGUUUGCUUGCUUGAGAAUUACCAGCAAGAAGAUGGCUCUGUUAUUAUUCCCGAGCCAUUGAGGCCCUUCAUGGGUGGGCUUCAGAUUAUAGCUCCUAAAUCCAGAUAGGCUGAGGGAACAGUUAUUUUUUUAUUAUGAUGUAUUAUAGUUGCGGCAUCUCGCUUUACCGAUAAAUUUUAUGAGUUAAACAAAUGUAGGCAGUAAAAAAGGGGGAAAAAGAAAAUGGUAAAGAAAUGCUUCUUAUCUGAGCUUGGCAACUUGGAGGCAACUAACUGCAUUUGGUUUAGCUUUUUUAAGCAUGUUUAUUUUAUUUGGUUAUGUAGCCUCACUUUAUUGGGCAUAACUGUAUGCCCCCCAUUUUUUCAUUUCCUCAUUUUCGAUUUUGGAAAGUUUGCUUCAUACAAAAA